AGGCAGCAGACAGCUGAUGGGCCGAGGGCCAAGGCCGGUGGUCAGGACCCGUACUGCGGACAGCUGGGAACUCGGAACUAGAGGAGUUUUCUAGAAUCCUGCUAAAGAUGAAGAAAAACAGAAAAAGAUUCUGCAACCGAGAGAGGGAAUUUGUGUAUAAAUUCAAAGUUGGAAGUCAGUGCUUUGAACUGAGGGUACCCCUCAAAUUUCCUGUUCAAGAGAAUGCCAGUCAUUUACAUGGACGUCUGAUGCUGCUGCACAACUUACCAUGCUUUAUAGAAAAAGACUUAAAAGAAGCUCUGAGCCAGUUUAUCGAAGAAGAAUCCCUCAGAGAUUAUGACAGGGAGGCAGAAGCCGCCCUGGAAGCUGUGAAGUCAGGUGAAGUCGAUCUGCAUCAUCUGGCAAGCACAUGGGCCAAAGCUUAUGCCGAGACCACGCUAGAGCACGCGAGGCCCGAGGAGCCCAGCUGGGAUGAAGACUUUGCAGAUGUGUACCAUGACCUCAUCCAUUCUCCCGCGUCUGAAACUCUCCUAAACUUGGAGCACAACUACUUCGUCAGUAUUUCCGAACUCAUUGGUGAAAGAGACGUGGAGCUGAAAAAGUUGCGGGAGAGACAAGGUAUUGAAAUGGAAAAAGUGAUGCAGGAGUUGGGAAAGUCACUGACAGACCAAGAUGUGAACACCCUGGCGGCUCAACAUUUCGAAUCCCAGCAGGACUUAGAAAAUAAGUGGUCCAAUGAAUUAAAACAGUCGACUGCCAUUCAAAAACAAGAGUAUCAGGAAUGGGUAAUUAAACUUCAUCAAGACCUGAAAAACCCCAACAACAGCUCCCUCAGCGAGGAAAUUAAAGUUCAGCCAAGUCAGUUCAGAGAAUCCGCUGAAGCAAAUGGAAGGGUUUAUGAGGAGCAGAGGAAGUUAGAAGAAAGCUUUACCAUCCACUUAGGGGCCCAGUUGAAGACCAUGCAUAACCUGAGGUUGCUGAGAGCAGACAUGCUGGACUUCUGCAAGCACAAGAGGAACCACCGAAGUGGCGUGAAGCUCCACCGACUGCAGACAGCGUUGUCGCUUUACUCCACGUCCCUUUGUGGCCUGGUGUUGCUGGUCGAUAAUCGAAUCAAUUCCUACAGUGGCAUUAAAAGAGAUUUCGCCACGGUUUGCCAGGAGUGCACUGACUUUCAUUUCCCCCGGAUUGAAGAGCAGCUGGAGGUUGUCCAGCAGGUCGUACUUUAUGCAAGAACCCAGCGCAGGAGCAAGUUGAAAGAAUCUCAUGAUUCUGGAAGCCGAAAUGGAGGAAGUGAUGAUAAGACUAAAACUGCAGAUAGAAACUAUUUAAAUAUUUUACCUGGAGAAUUUUACAUCACGCGGCACUCUAACCUCUCAGAAAUACAUGUUGCUUUCCACCUUUGUGUGGAUGACAACGUGAAAUCAGGAAACAUCACUGCUCGGGACCCCGCCAUCAUGGGGCUCCGAAACAUCCUCAAGGUUUGCUGUACCCACGACAUCACGACCGUCAGCAUUCCCCUUCUGCUGGUGCACGAUAUGUCAGAGGAAAUGACUAUACCCUGGUGCUUAAGGAGAGCGGAACUGGUGUUCAAGUGCGUCAAAGGUUUCAUGAUGGAAAUGGCCUCGUGGGACGGAGGGAUUUCUAGGACAGUGCAAUUUCUGGUGCCACAGAGUAUUUCUGAAGAGAUGUUUUACCAACUUAGUAACAUGCUUCCCCAGAUCUUCCGGGUGUCAUCGACACUGACCUUGACCUCCAAGCACUGAGCCCCCACAGACCAACAUGCUGAAGAAGAUGCUGGGAUCCUGUCAAGCAGAAGAUGCCCAGAAAGAGAACUUGUCACCCAAGGCACAGAUCCAGUCAUGAUAAACGUCUGCGAAACAUUCCAAAAACCCAGAUUUGUACAGACUGGUGAUCAGCCCCUUACUUAUACAUUCAUUCUUAAGCCCUGUUCAUGGGGAAAAAAAGGUCUUGUUUUUUUUUUUCCCUACUGUUUCCCCGUUGUUCUAUCUGUGAAUAUUGGUGGGUUCAAACUUUCUCUGUUUCACACAUGGGCAUUUGAUGUAGGAGAUUAUUCACUACAAUUUCAUGGAAAUACUUGACUUUUCCAAAAGUUUGAAUCCUACCCAGGUACAAGGCUUAUCAGUGAGUCACUGAGUCAUGUCUUACUCUUUGUGAUCCCAUGGACAGCAGAACCUGACAGGCUAGAACACUCCAGGCAAGAAUACUGGAGUGGGUUCCCAUGCCCUCCUCCAGGGAAUCUUCCCCACCCAGGGACUGAACAUGCGUCUCUUACAUCUCCUGCAUCGGCAGACGGUUCUUUACCACCAACGCCAUCUGGGAAGCUGCAAGAAACAAAAAGCACUCUUAUUGGUUUGCCUGCACAUAAUCACUUACAGAAAGAUGUUUGGCAGAGACAGUGCUUUCUCAUAACACAGAAAGUGUCUUGACCUACUCAAGGCAGCAACUGUCCAAUAACAGCCCCAAGGAGAACACCAUUCCAGGCUGGGUCCACAGCUCACUAUCACUUUACAAACCCUUUUCCAAAGAGCCCGGUGGUCCCACCAAGAGAUGUUCUGCCCUUGGAGCAAGAGAUUGUCUUCUAAGCACAAAUGCUACCAUUGCGACUGAUUCUAACACAAAACAAGGUAGGUAGAAAGUGGAAUGUACUGGUACAGGGUCAGAGACUGCUGGGGUUCAUACUGUGUCAGCUCAAAUUGGAGGUGGGUGUAGUGGGAUCAAUAAAAGGCGUUAACAUU